AGCAAUGUUUUGUAGAAUUCCAGGAUCUUGACAAGGCAAAUGGUUAUCCAGACCCAGUAUCCACCACAAGGCACAAAACCCUCCACCACAAACAAGAUCCAAAACCUCCUUCUCUUCACAUUUCACAAAGGCCAAUGUCCAUACUUCACAGAAUGGCUAUUCUCCAUUCUCUCCCCUAUUCCUCUCGCCUCCUCCCUAAGCCCACUUCUCUCCCUCUCCCGAACCCAUCUCUGUCCCUUCAUUUCCCUCCUAAACGUCUCGUUUCCUUCCCAAAACGACAGGAACUCAAACGCAUUCAUGGAGCGGUUGCCACUGACUCUGCUCAGCCAGCUGUUGAGCCCCAAAACGACGCCGUUCAGGAUAUCCAGAAGGAAGAAGAAGCUGUCAAACUUGUUCUUCCAACUAACGAGUCAUCUGAAAAGCUCCUCAAAAUUAGACACACGUGUGCACACGUAAUGGCAAUGGCAGUUCAAAAGCUAUACCCAGAAGCAAAAGUGACAAUUGGACCCUGGAUAGAAAAUGGGUUUUACUAUGAUUUUGAUAUAGAGACUUUGACUGAUAAAGAUCUCAAGAGGAUUAAAAAGGAAAUGGAUCGGAUCAUUAAACGAAAUUUACCGCUUGUAAGAGAAGAAGUUUCAAGAGAUGAAGCUCAAAGAAGGAUAAUGGCUAUUAAUGAACCUUACAAGAUGGAGAUUUUGGAUAGUAUUAGGGAAGAUCCUAUCACUAUUUAUCAUAUUGGGAAUGAGUGGUGGGAUCUUUGUGCGGGACCUCAUGUUGAAACUACUGGCAAGAUUAACAAGAAAGCUGUUGAGCUUGAGUCUGUUGCUGGUGCUUACUGGAGAGGAGAUGAAACGAAGCCUAUGUUACAGAGGAUAUAUGGAACUGCAUGGGAAAAUGAAGAACAACUGAAGGCUUACCUUCACUUCAAAGAGGAAGCUAAACGUCGGGAUCACAGACGUAUUGGCCAAGAUCUUGAUUUAUUUUCUAUACAGGAGGAGGCUGGUGGAGGUUUAGUCUUCUGGCAUCCAAAGGGUGCCAUUAUUAGGCAUAUUAUAGAAGAUUCAUGGAGAAAGAUGCACGUAGAACAUGGUUAUGAUUUGCUAUAUACUCCUCAUGUGGCAAGGGCAGAUCUUUGGAAAAUCAGUGGUCAUUUAGACUUUUAUAAAGAAAACAUGUAUGAUCAAAUGGAGAUUGAGGAUGAACUUUAUCAACUUCGACCAAUGAAUUGCCCUUACCACAUAUUAGUCUACAAAAGGAAGCUUCACUCUUAUCGAGACUUCCCAAUCAGAGUUGCCGAGCUUGGGACUGUCUAUAGAUACGAGUUAUCGGGCAGCUUACAUGGCCUUUUCCGUGUAAGAGGUUUUACCCAGGAUGAUGCACACAUUUUCUGUUUAGCAGAUCAAAUCAAGGAUGAAAUCAGAGGUGUCUUAGAUCUUACAGAAGAGAUACUAUUUCAAUUUGGUUUCAGCAAGUAUGAGGUGAACCUCUCAACUAGGCCAGAAAAAGCUGUGGGAGGUGAUGAUAUUUGGGAGAAGGCAACAAUGGCACUUAAAGAUGCUUUGGACGAUAAAGGCUGGAGCUAUCAGAUUGAUGAAGGUGGUGGUGCCUUCUAUGGUCCUAAGAUUGAUAUUAAGAUUGAGGAUGCUCUUGGAAGGAAGUGGCAGUGCUCAACCAUCCAGGUUGAUUUUAACUUGCCAAAUCGAUUCGACAUCACUUAUGUUGACUCAAACUCAGAAAAGAGGCGUCCAAUCAUGAUCCAUAGGGCUGUGCUUGGAUCCUUGGAGCGAUUUUUUGGAGUCCUUAUUGAGCAUUAUGCUGGGGACUUCCCCUUGUGGCUCUCUCCUAUACAAGCUCGGAUUUUGCCAGUUACCGAUACACAGCUUGGAUACUGUAAUGAGGUGUCCAGCAAACUCAAAGCCAAUGGCAUUCGAGCUGAAGUUUGCCGUGGCGAGCGCUUACCAAAGCUUAUCAGAAACGCUGAGAAGCAGAAAAUUCCACUAAUGGCAGUCGUGGGCCCCAAGGAAGUUGAAACUCAGAGUGUCACUCUUAGAUCUAGAUUUGGUGGGGAGCUUGGAACCAUGAAGAUUGAUGAAUUUAUCAGUAGUAUGGAGCAAGCCAUUAAAAACAGAAGCUCAUUGUAAAGUUCUUAUGCUAGGUAGGUAAUUGAGUCCUAUAUAUCUGAUGUUAUCAAAUAAAUCGGGAAAAGGUGAACCAAUAUAUGAAAGGUUGAAAAUUUUUGUUUC